AUGGAUUCUCCCCUCAUCCCCUCAUCACUGGGUUUGGAGCUCGGCGGCGACCUCAUCGCCGCCGUCGUGGCUGCCACCGCUGUGGCGCCGACAGUGACGAUCCUCGAUCGCGUCCUCGUCGAGAAAGCCACACUGGGGAUCGCCCCGCGCGCGGGGUUCCAGAGCCACCUGCGGGCCGCCCUCGGCUCCCCGGCCCGCUUCCUGCUCUCGCGCCCGCAUCGCCUGGUCUGGACCCUGUACGCGACGACGUACGCCGUGGCCAACACAACAGAAGACCUCGCCGCGGCGUCAGACCUGCCACUGUCCACCGCGGCCUCAGCAACCUUCCUCUGCACCCUGCUCGUCAACGUCCCGCUUGGGGUCCGCAAGGAUCUACGCUUCGCACAGCUGUUUGGACGCGGAAUCCCACCCCCCGCGGGAGGGACUGGGGCGACGGCGUCGCUGGCUCUGCUGCUACUACGCGACGCCAUCACCAUCUUCGGCUCCUUUACGCUGGCCCCCUGGUGUAUGCACCGGGUCCCGGACUCGCUGGGCGCGACGGGCACGACAGUCGUCCUGCAAUUGAUGGUCCCCAUGGCUUCGCAGCUGGUCGCCACCCCGGUACACUUGCUCGGGUUAGACUUCUACCACCGGCGAGAUAGAGUACCCUGGGGGGACAGACUGGUUACUGUUGGGCGACACCUGGGGCCCGCUACUGCCCUCCGCUGUAUGCGCAUUCUCCCGGCCUUUGGGUUCGGGUGUCUGGCUAAUACCGCGUUGCGGGAGUACUUCCAUUCUGCAUUCCACAGUCCUGCCAAGGAAGGUAUUCUAUAG